UUUCUACACCGUUUCCUAGUUACCAAGCGACGCCGAAGUAUCCGCACAAGAUAGAGAAAACUAGAUAACCAUAAUAUCUACUUAAUUGCCUUUGUUUUUACUAACUUUAAACAUUGCAAGGGCUUAUUUGUUCCCCGUCAGUAUCUCCACUUUAGGCGUUGAAGCCAAGAUGGAGGAAGAAGACACAACACUGGCUUUGAUCAAGUACUUCUGUUAUGAAAAGUACUUUAAUCAUGCAGUCACUUCUACGGCAGCUGCUCAAAGGAAAUACAGAAAUGACCCCAUCUACAUUUUCUUCCACGCCUACGCAACUCUAAUGCAAGGUGAAAUCCAGGAAGCCACAGCAGAACUGGACACAAUAAGAGAUGAUCGAGAUCUGUCUCUCUGCACGCUGAUGGCUCUUGUCUAUGCUGAGAAGAAAAAAACAAACCCAGACAGAGACAUUAUCCAGGAACUUGAUGCCAAGGUCAAAGAGGAUCGUAAAAGUGCUCCCCCUAAAAGUUUGUACCAUGCUGGAACCUUUCUCUGGCUUUUAGGCCGCAAUGAUAAAGCAAGAGAGUAUACGGAGAGAAUGAUCAAACUGUCCAAUGGCUCCAGAGAGGGCAUAAUCCUGAAAGCCUGGAUAGAUGUAACGUCAGGGAAAGAUGCCUACAUCAGGAAGGCUGGGAAGUACUUUGACGAGGGCCUGAAAGAGAAAGCUGAUGUUUUUGGCUUGAUGGGAAAAGCACAGUACUAUGAAUGUCGUCAGAACUACUCUGGUGCGUUAGAGAUGGUUAACCAAGUUAUAGUGAGUUUUUCUGGGUUUGUACCAGCUCUAAUAAAAAAAAUGAAGCUGCUGCUUAACCUUCAAGAUUGGGAUCAAACAAUCGAUGCUGCCCACAGGCUUUUACAGAAAGAUAAAAAUAACUUGGAGGCACUAAGGAUGCUGGCUCUGCACUCUUUAUGCAGAGAUGGGGAUAUCACAGAGGCAGUAAAGCAUCUUUUAAACCUCAUUAGCAGUUUAGAUCUACUGGAACCAAACAACCCCGAGCUUUACUACAGAACGUCUCUCGCCUUCACCCGUGUUUGUGGACGCAAUGAGAAAGUGUUAGAGCAGACAUUCCGAAUGGUGGAGAGAGCUCAUUCUAUGGCAUCAGGGGACCCAGAUUUAGCCGCAGAGUUAGGCUACCAGAUGGUGCUUCAAGCCAGAAUUAAAGAGGCCAUGAAGUGGUACAAUAUCGCCAUCAGUAACGAGGAAAAAAAUAGUAUUUCAGCUCUGACUGGCAUAGCUCGCUGCAAGUUAAUUAAAGGACAAUUAGACGAAGCGGAGCAGCAGUUGGAAUUUCUCACAGUGACUCAACAGUCCAUUGGAAAAUCAGGGGAGCUUUUGUACCUACAGGCUGUGCUGGCAGGAAGAAAGCACCAGCCCCCAGCGGAGGUGACCAACCUUCUGAACGACGCAGUAGACACACACUUCUCCUCACUGCAGGGUCUGCCUCUGGGAGUUGAAUAUCUAGAGAAAAUGAACCCGGACUUCCUGUUGGAGAUUGUCAAAGAGUAUCUCGCUCUUUGUCCUUCAAAGCCUCCUGCUGCUGGCCAGCCUCCUGCUCCUCAGCUACAGCACUGUGCCUCGUUGUUGGAUACUGUGGUCAAAAUUGUGCCAGGUCUCCUUAAUGCUGUCUUUCUGCUCGCCAAAGUCAGAUACCAGUCUGGCGAUAUAGAAGCUGCUCAGAGCAGCCUAAACCACUGCCUGGAGCAAUGCCCUUCUCAUGCAGAUGCUCACCUGCUACUGGCCCAGAUCCAUCUCCUGCAGGGUAACAUGAUGCUUUGUAACCAGUCUCUUGAAAACUGCCUCAGCCAUAAUUUUGAGAUUCGAGAACACCCUUUAUAUCACCUUAUCAAAGCUCAGGCUAAGAAGAAGGCAGGUGAGCUUGGAGAGGCUAUUCAGACAUUGCAGAUGGCCAUGAGUCUCCCAGGUGUCCGUAGAGCUGGAUCUUCGUCCAAGUCUAAGCACAAGAAGGCCGAGCUUAGCUCUGCUGACUGCGUGUCUCUCUUCUUGGAGCUAGCUGAGGCCCUGUGGCUUAAUGGGGAACAGCACGAAGCAACAAAAGUGAUGCAGGAUGCCAUCAAUGAGUUUUCUGGAACUCCUGAGGAGCUGCGUGUUACUAUUGCUAAUGCGGACCUGGCCCUGCUACGUGGUGACACUGAGCUGGCACUGAGUAUCCUAAGAAACAUUACACCUGAGCAGCCCUAUUAUGUCUCAGCCAAAGAGAAAAUGGCUGAUAUAUAUCUGAAACACAGAAGGGAUAAAAGACUGUAUGCCAGCUGCUACAGAGAAAUGGUGGAGAAGCUUCCUAGUCCUCACACAUAUCUCUUACUUGGUGAUGCUUACAUGUACAUCCAGGAGCCAGAGAAGGCCAUUGAGGUUUAUGAGCAAGCUCUGAAGAAAAACCCCAAAGAUGGAGCAUUGGCUAGUAAAAUUGGGAAAGCGCUGGUCAAGACUCAUAACUACGUCAAGGCAAUUAGUUACUAUGAGGCAGCUCUAAAGACGGAGCAGCAGAACUUCCUACGCUAUGACUUGGCUGAGCUUCUGAUGAAGAUGAAGCAGUAUGAGCGCUGUGAGAGAGUAUUGCAUGACGCUUUGGCUCACGAGCCAGCGAAUGAGCUUUCUGCUCUCUUAGAUAACUGCCGUUAUCUAGUGCUGCUAGCGAAGGUCCAAACUAAAGCAGAGAAAAAUGAAGAAGCUUUAAUGUCGCUGCAGAAAGCUCGAGAUGUUCAGGCCAAAGUGCUGAAGCGUGUGCAGUUGGAGCAGCCUGAUGCCGUCCCCGCGCAGAAGCAACUUGCUGCAGAGAUCUGUGCUGAAAUCGCCAAACACUAUACAAGUCAGAGAGGCUAUGAGAGAGCGGUCAAAUUCUACAAAGAGGCUCUUGUGUAUUGUGAGACCGAUCGCAAGGUAAUGCAGGCGCUGGCACAGUUGUACCUCACACUGGAUGAGCUCGAUUUAUGCCAGGAGCAAUGCAGUGAGAUUUUGAAGAAUGACAAUUUUAAUGAAGAUGCUACUUUGAUGAUGGCAGACAUUCAUUUCAGAAAACAGGAAUAUGACUGGGCUCUUAGUAAUUUUACCCAACUUCUGACACACAAACCAGACAACUACCCAACUCUAUCACAUCUCAUCAACUUGUUGAGGAGAGCCGGCAAGUUGGAGAAAAUCCCCAGUUUCCUUGAGAAGGCUGAAAAACAUUCUUCCAGAGUUAAAUUAGACCCAGGCUUCAACUACUGCAAGGGCCUUUAUCUUUGGUACACUGGAGAAGCUAAUGAUGCUCUGAGACACUUCAACAAGGCUCGGAAAGAUAAUGACUGGGGUCAGAAUGCUUUGUAUAACAUGAUUGAAAUCUUGCUCAACCCUGACAACGAGACAAUUGGAGGAGAAGUAUUUGAAAAUUUAGAUGGGGAAAUCAGCAACUCCACAGAAAAGCAAGAGUCUGAGCAGCUUGCUGUGAGAACAGCGGAGAAGCUUCUCAAGGAGAUAAAGCCUCAGACUCCAGGCGGACAUGUACAGCUCCGCAUCCUGGAGAACUACUGCUUGCUGUCUACUAAACAGAAGGCAAACAUAGAGAAAGCCCUCAAUGUUUUCACAGAGAUUGCAAACAAUGAGAAAGACCACGUUCCAGCUUUGUUGGCCAUGGCAACAGCAUACAUGAUGCUGAAACAAACUCCUCGAGCCAGAAACCAGCUCAAACGCAUAGCCAAGAUGAACUGGAACAUUGCUGAUGCUGAUGAGUUUGAGAAGAGCUGGCUUCUCUUGGCAGAUAUUUACAUCCACUCGGGCAAGUACGACAUGGCUGGAGACCUUCUAAAACGAUGCCUCAAUCAUAACAAGUCGUGCUGCAAAGCUUAUGAGUAUCAGGGCUACAUAAUGGAAAAAGACCAGGCAUUCCGCGAUGCAGCUCUCAACUACGAAAUGGCUUGGAAAUAUGGAAAUCAGAAAAACCCUGCUAUUGGAUACAAGCUUGCUUUUAACUACUUGAAAGCAAAGAGGCAUGUUGAUGCCAUAGAUGUAUGUCAUAAGGUUCUUGCUGCUCAUCCAGAUUAUCCAAAAAUGAGGAAAGAAAUCCUGGACAAAGCUCGCUCUGCCUUGAGAUCAUAAAGUCAGAUGUUCAUGUGUUUGCCUGUUAGCAAAUAGCAAAGAAGAAAUCUAAUGGGAAAACACAGAGAAUAUACUUUCAGGCAUCUGUUCCUGAAAAGCAAUUAAAUUGUUUAUAUAUGUUUUUUUCUUUAGAUUGGAGUGGAAAUCUUACAAAUAUUUGCAUUUUAUUUAUUUUUUCACACUGACACUGCAUUUUAUAAUUUUGACAGACAAAAGUCGGAGGUAUUUGUAUGGUGUCUGUUAAAGAUGCUACAGUAUAAUCUUUACAUUUAGCAAACAAAUCAAACUGACUAGAAAACAGUUGUGUAGUUAUGUAGGGUUUUAAACUAUAAACAUUUUAAAGAGCCUUAAGUUUCUGUGAGGAGUGUGGGUAAAUAAAAAUGUUCUUUUUUGUGUAUUUUUGGGUGGAUGAGAUUACGAGGUGGGCAAGAAUCUACAUGAUCAGCUGUCAAUUUAAAUAUUAAAGUGGACAAAAAUGUCUUGACAGAUUUUGAUAAAUGAGUUUUAAGAUGUAAGAGGUUCACUCUUUGUACAUGGACCUGUUUAGUUCUGAUGACUGGCAUGCAAUGCAUAAUGCUGUCAUGGACGCUAACACCGAAGCAAACAGCGUUUGCUUGCGUAUCUUUAGAACUAUUCCUGGUUUAUAUUGGUAUACAGCUGUGCUAACAAGUUUACAUUCUCUGAAAGAACUGCUUAUAUUUAGCCAUAGUUCAAUGAUACUUCGGUCAGGAAGCAGAGGUAGUGAUGCUGAAAAUAGAUCCUGCAGUAAAAAGAAGUCAGUCAAAAUUUCUGCCCCAAAGUGUUAUUAUCACAAAGUCUUAAUGACAGAUGUGGCAUCCAAGGAUGGUUUAAGGAGCAAUUACUUUUUCUAUAAUAGGCCAAGAUGUACUUUUCAUUGAUUUAUUAUUUUUAAUGAGUAUUUUCCUCCUCACAAAACUGCAUUAAGUAUUUCCUUAAGUGAAAUGUUUAUAUGAUGUUGAAACAAUUUUGACAAUCUGAAUCUUUGUCUGUCAUUUAAAAGAAGAUAUAUUCUCACUCAAAAGAUUGUAAGAUUGCAGAAAUAUUACUUUUGUUUUUUUUUCCAUAGCAUAUUGCUCGUGCAUUCAUUAUUUUAUUGAUCUCUUUAUCUGUUAAAAAAUGUGGUCACUUUGUAGU